AUGAGUGAUGAUUUUGAUGAUGAGUUUGAUGCCAUUCUACAGCAAACAAACGCUGUCAAUGAAGCUAUAACGCGAUCCACUUCAUUACCACCUCCAAGAAGUGAACCACAGGUCCGAUCCCAUCGUCAAGUUCGAAGUGCCUUGGAUUCCCAUCAAAAUAAGAAACGAAGAGUACAGACAAACUUAUUGGGUGAAAUCAUUGAGUCCGUAGCAGACAAGACUGUAGAUGAAAUAAGAAAACCUCCAACUGAGAGACCUACGCAUCAUUCUAUAGAUCAUGAAAGCUUAAAAUCCUAUAUUUAUCCCAUCAACUAUGAAAUUAGAGAUUAUCAGUACAACAUUAUUGAGAAAUCGUUUUAUCAUAAUAUUCUUGUUGCUUUACCCACAGGUUUAGGUAAGACUUUCAUAGCAGCCACCACUAUUUUGAAUUAUUUCCGAUGGUUUCCUGAGUCGAAAAUUGUUUUCAUGGCACCUACCAAACCUUUAGUGGCUCAACAAAUUAAAGCUUGUUUCAGUAUUAUUGGUUUGCAAGACCAAGCAGCCAUCUUGCUUGAUAAGCUGAAAAGAAACAGAAGAGAAGUAUGGGACGGUUUCAGGAUCUUCUUUACCACUCCACAGGUCGUGGAGAAUGAUCUAUGUAAUGGAUUAAUAGACCCUAAGACUAUCAGUUUAUUGAUUAUAGAUGAAGCUCAUAAAGCCAAAGGGAACUAUGCUUACAAUAAUGUCGUCAAAUAUCUUGACAGAUUCAAUCAUAGCUAUAGGAUAAUGGCUUUAACAGCCACUCCAGCAGCCACGGUUGAAGGAGUCAAAGAAAUUAUUGAAAAUUUAAGUAUCACUAAGGUUGAAAUUAGAACAGAAAAUUCCAUCGAUAUCAUUCGAUAUUUCAAAGGGAAGAAAAUAGACAAAAUUGAUAUCAACUUCACUGAAAACAACGACAUUAACGAAUACAUCGUUUAUUUGUCAAAUGCUGUUGAACCUCUAUUAAAAGUAGCUAACGAUAGGAAGAUUAUCCAAAUUGAUGAUGCUUUGAAACUUAACUCAUUCAGACUAUUAGAGAUUCAAAAGAAAAACAUGGCCAAUCCAGGGUUAGGCGAAGGAAUGAAAUGGUCAAAUCAUUUCCUUAUCAAGAUGUUAGUCUUCAUAGCCAAUUGUUUUAAGAAAUUGAAAAUUUACGGGGUGGUGAAUUUCAUUGAUUAUUUCAAUGACCAGGCGUUGAAGAACAAGAAGACCAAAAACAGACUUUUGAUUGAAUUCUAUGAAAAUGAGAAUAUCAUCAAAUUGAAGGAUCUUAUCAAUAAUUAUACGAAUAAUAGUCAAGGAGAAGAACAAAGUCAUCCCAAAAUAGUAACCUUGAUUGAUUAUCUUGAGAACUUCCUUGAAACCACCACUUAUGAUAACUCCAAGGUGAUUAUCUUCACAGAAUUCAGAGACUCGGCCUUAGAAAUUGUCAAAUCAAUUGAGAAGUUGAAUAAAGAUCAAUUAAGACCUCAUAUUUUCAUUGGUCAAGCUUCGGAAAGUAGUGAUAAGUCAAGUAACAGCAAAAUCAAUAAAGGAAGAGUUAGAACCAGUUCUGAAGAUGCAAAAUUGAAAGGUAUGAAUCAGAAAGUUCAAAAGCAAUUGAUUAAAGAUUUCAAAAAUGAUAAAUAUAAUAUCUUAGUCGCUACAUCCAUUGGUGAGGAAGGUUUGGACAUUGGUGAAGUUGAUUUGAUCAUAUGUUAUGAUUCUACUUCUUCCCCUAUUAAAAAUGUUCAAAGAUUAGGUAGAACCGGUAGAAAAAGAGAUGGUCAAAUUUGUUUAUUAUUCAGUGAUAAUGAACGAUCCAAAUUUGAAAAAGCUAUGGAUAACUACGAGUGGAUUCAAAAUUACAUAAUGAAGCACGAAAGUGAAUUGGUGGUGUUGAAAAGUAAUAGGAUCUUACCUCCAGGGUCUAAGCCUCUAGUGGAAAAGAAGUUGAUCCAAACUGAAGAAAUGGAAGAAGAAGAUGAAGAUGAAAUUAUUAAGAUAGCUAUGGAUUACAUGAAAGGAAAGAAGUCCGCAAAGAAGACCAAGACUAAGACCAAGACCAAGGAGAAAUCGAAAGCUAAGGAGAAGAAAAAGUUUAACAUGCCAGACGAUGCCAUUACGGGAUUCAUGAAUGUGACAGAUUUGCUUAAGAAACAAGAAGAAGAAAAACAUGAAAGUGAACAUGAAGAAAAGGCCCAUGAUUCGGGAGAUUCUCAAGACUUGAUUGAUACUGAUUCUUUCUUCGCUGAAUUUCUGUCAGAGAAGCCAACAACAUCAGCCAAUCACACUUCAUCUUUCGAACAGAAGAAACCUAUUGAGGAACCUAAGGCUAAGGAUCUGGUUGUUCUUGUCCACAAUAUCUUGAGCCAAUUAGAGUUCGACGAGUUUGAUGAGUUCGAUGAUGAACCAGCACCAAAGCCUAAGGUUGGAAAAUCUGAAUACGUGACUGAAAGCGUUCCCAAGGUCCUGAAUGAGAUUGCCAAUUUCGAUGAUUUUGAUGAAUUCAGUGACUUCGAUGAGCCUAAACCUGAAAUCAAAUCAGAGCCCACGAGCCUCACUAACAGAUCAGAGUCCGAAGAUUUUGAUGAUGAUCUACUUGAAACAAUGGGGCCAAAUGUUCAGGUUCCUACUCUUGCCAAAGAUGCUAUUCCUGAGAAACCCGCUUCAAAACACAUUAGUCAAAAAGCUGAGAUGGACGAAUUCGACGAGUUUGAUCUGAAUGAUCCAGUUGAAAUGUCAUUGCCUCCCACAACCUCAACAGCGAAUGGCGCAUCGAUCAUAAAUGAUAGCCUUGAUGAGCUUGACGAAUUCGACAGUAUGGAGAUUUUACCAUCACCUCGCCAAUCUACACAAGAAUUAUUAGCUCCCAAUAGCUUUCUGGCCCAAGAUGGUUUCCUAUCGAGUCAGGAGAAAAUGGAGCUCUUCACAAAUUACUAUAAUCCAUUACCAGCAGAACCACUUUCUUCUGAACCCCAGGUGAAUGUAAAAAGUUCUAAGAACAGUAAGAAAACCAAGAGAUUCUUUAAAUUAAUGACAUUUAUGAACACAAUUAACGAGAAAACUUCUAAGAGAGAUAUUGAAGUCAUGAAAAGACAGUUGUCCGAACUGGACAAUUCCGUCGAAAAUUGUAUAAAGUAUUUAAAUGAUAAAAUAUAA